UUAUUUUCUUUUUUGACUUAUUUCGAUUUUUUUUGUUGUUAUCAAAAAAUUUUUUUUUCUAAAAAAAAUUCCAUGAUUUCAAGAUUAAGAUAAGAAUUGCAUCUACCAAUUCAAAACCAUGAAUUCUGGAACAUGUGUUCAACAUCCAAUUCAAUCUAUUGGCUCAAAAAAUCGACAUCAACAACAAAUAACAUCAAAUGGUAACAGAAGUGAUACAACUGAUGCUGGAUCAUCAUCCAAUAAUGGGGAAUCAUCAUCAUCACCAUCAUCAACUGAUUCAGAUUUUAAUUAUGAUAGAUUUUCUUUGGAUAAUUUCUACAAAUUAAUGAGAUUUGAACGUUUAAGAAUGGUUACCUAUAUUCUAUAUGAUCAUCAAUGGCCCAAAAUGGAUAUAAUUUCACCUGCUUCAUUGGCAAAAGCUGGAUUUUUCUAUUAUAAAGAUGAUAGUGUUUGUUGUGCAUUUUGUCGUGGAAAAGUUCGCAAUUGGGAAGAAGGAGAUUUGGCUAUGGAAGAACAUCGACGUCAUUUUCCUAAUUGUCAAUUCGUGCAAGGCAAACCUGUCGGCAAUGUUCCGAUCGAAUCAGAUCCCGAUAUCAACUGUAAUGAUUCAUCAAAAGUGUCAAAUUUCUAUAUCGAUAAUGAUCCCGGACAAGAACCAAUCAAAAUUAAUUAUAAUAAAUCAAUGACGCCUAAAUUUCCGCCAUUUAUUGAAAAGAACAAACGAGAAAUGACCUUUUCACAUGAAAAUUGGCCUACAACCGGUAAACCUGACAAAAAAUUGUUUAUUGAUGCUGGAUUCUUUUUCACUGGAAAAGGAGAUCGUACACGUUGCUACCAUUGUGGCGGUAAUCUAAUAAACUGGAAACCCGAAGAAAAUCCAAUGGAAGAGCAUGCAUUGUUUUUUCCUGAAUGUCCAUUCAUUAUCAGUAUUAUGGGAGCUGAUUAUUUAGAAUUCGUCAAAUUCAAAAAACAGAUAAUUGAAAUGCGCUCGAAAAUGGAAACACCUUAUGAAUCAAAAGCUUAUGAUAUAAAUUGUUUACGUAAAAUAUCUUUUGAAAAUUUUACAGCCAUGAAACAAGCUGCACGACGAAUAUUAAGCCGAUUGGGACAACCUAAACAUACACAGCAAACUUAUCAAGAAUAUUUGGAUAAAUUUUUCUUUUUUCUUGAUUGCAACAAAUUGUUUUAUUAUUUAUCACGAAUGAAUGUUCUACAAGCUUCAAGUCAAGAUGAUAUUAACAUUGAUGAUAAUGGCAUUGAUUCACCAUUACGAAAUUCAUCCAUAUUCUGUUUACCAGAAUCGAGCGAUAGCGAUUAUUCUAGCUCAAAUUCUGAUUGUGAAGAUAUUUUAUCACCAAAAUCUGAACGAGAAUCAUCAUUAUCAUCAUCAUUAUCGUUACUUUGUAACAAAAAUAGCAAAAACAAUCACUCUAGUCUAAUAUGUUUGAUAUGUUAUGAUAAAAUGAUACAAGUUGUAUUUCUACCAUGUGGACAUCAAAUGGCUUGUAUGAAAUGUGCAUCACAAUUAAAUACAUGUCCAAUAUGUCGUCAGAUUAUUACGGAUAAAGUUCGUACAUAUUUUGCACAUGUAGAUGAAUGAUGAAACAAAACAAAACAAAAAAUAUCUCUUUUUUUUCUCAUCAACAAUGAAUGAAUGAAUGAAUGAAUUAAUUAAUUAAUUAAUGAUUCACUUAAUCUCUUUUU